AUGGCUGAUAUUCCUCCUCAUGUAAUUUAAAUUCAUUCUCAAAAAUAAGAUCCUCAAAUUUAACAAUUAGAAAAAACGCCUAAAUUACCCAUUUCAGAAAUGAAAUUAAUAGAUGUAGAAGAAUUAAUGGAAAACAAAAAUAUGAAUAAUUAAUAUAUCAUUGUCUAAGUAUAUUAGAUUGAUUGGAAAGAUAUUACUUAAUAUUUAAUUGUUAAAGAUUUUAAUGAAAUUUGGCUGAAUCUAACUAUUUUUCAAUAAAAUAAAAAUUGCAAUUAUAAAGUUAAUGAUUGGUUAAUUGUUAAAAAUCCAAAAUUAACAGAGUUUGGAAUACUUAUACAAGAUUCAUAGGAUGUUGUUGCUAUCAAUUAAUUCACUUUUGAAGCUAUGAUUAAUUCUGAUAUUGAAUUAACAGAUCCAAAUUAAUUAAAAGAAAAAGGAAAUUAAUAUUUUAAAUUAUCAUAAUAUCGAUUAGCUUAUGAAGCAUAUACGAUGGUUAUCAAAUAUGAUCAUAUCAAUAAAACAAAUUUAAUACUUGAAUAAUGUUAUAAUAACAGAGCUCAAUCUUUGUAUCAACUUGGUUAUCUCCAAGAAUCAAUUGAUGAUCUUAAUUAAGUUUUAAAACUUAAUCCUUAAAAUGAGAAAGCAAUUCAAAGAUUAGCAUUAUGUUAUUUAAAAUUGCAGAAUCCAAUAGACGCUAAAAAAUUGUUUGAAUCUCUUCCAAAUCAUAAAACUGAUAAAGAUAUAGUAUUCAAAUUAGUUGAAUGUGAAUUAAUGAUUAAACAUCAAUCUGGUAAUAUUGAUCUAAUAUCUGUUUUAAAUUAAUACAUCAAUUAGCAACAAUAUUCAUUUGAAAAAAUUCAUAAUUUUAUGCAUAAAUGUAUUGAAAGAAAAAAAAGUAAUUUGGGAGGAUUAGGCUUAUUUGUUAAUUAACCUAUUCCAAAAGGAACAUUAUUACUAGUUGAACAUCCAAUGCAUAAAAUUAAUGAAAACUAAACUGUUGGUUUUUCUAGAGAAAAUGUUUAUGAAAAUCUUAGGUAAUAGGCAUUGAAUGAUAAAUAAUUUGCUGAAAAACUAUUUAAACUAUAUGAUGGAUCUAAUAAUUAUUCUCUUAAAAUUAUUAAAUAAGAUUUCGAAUAUUAAUUAUAAAAUUAUAUUGUUGAUAUCAAUAGAAUUGAAAAGAUCUUUAAAUACAAUGCACAUGCAUUCUAGUUAGUUAAAGUUUUUACACAUAAUAAAUAAAUCAAAUAUUUAGAUUAAAAUGAAGGAUUGUGGUUCACGUUAUCUUAGGUUAAUCAUAGUUUAACUCCAAAUAUUUUUUAUUAUUUCUUAGGAGAACUUCUAAUUGUUGUUAGUGCUAAGAAUAUAGAAAAAGAUGAAGAAAUAUUAGUAUAAUAUCAUCCACCUUUAAAUCAAAAGGAAUAUUAAAAGAAUUUAAAAUCUCAUAAUAUUCCUUUAGAUUAAAAAUUAGUUUAAUAAAAUCAACAAUGGAAGAUGGAUGAAAACUUUAAAGAGAUUUAAACAAUUAUUAAAAAUGUUAAAACAUCUAAAAAUCUUGCAGAUCUUACUACUUAUACUCUUUCAAAUACAAAUAUAAUUCAAAAAAUAAAAGAGAAAUAUCCUAUAAAGUAUUUAAAAAUUAUUUAAUAAGUAUGUUUCGAUCUUUUUUAAGUAAAAAAAAUAAAAGAAUACAUAAACCUUAAAUUUUAAGGAUUACUUUUCUAAUUUGAUUGUUAUCCAUAAUGCUCAACCAUCUAAGAUUUCUUUAUGUUUCUGACUGUUUUAUCUCAAGGUUAAGAUAUAGAAAAAGAUAUUGUGAAUUUCAUAUUUAAUGUUGGAAUACUAAUGUUUGGAUAAGCAUUCUUAAAAAAUUAAAAUUCUGAAGAUUUGAUCUUCUAAUUAGGAUUUAUGCAAAUGAAGAAAUGA